AUGAGGCGUAGGAGUAAGAACCGAAUCAGCUUGGCCUUGGCCAAUCUCCCAGGCUGGAAAACCGUUGGGCGGCAACGACAAGGACCAAAGGACAGAGAAUAUUCUUCCGGAAAAGAUAAGCCUUGGAGGAACGAGAAGGUAUGGAUUCGUUUCCGCGGAGCGUCCUUCCGUUGCAUUAUGUAUGUUGUUGCCUAG